AUGCCGAAGCCAGCAUUUUGCAAGGGCAAUCCUGAUGAAUCAGUACCCUGCUAUUGUGAAGAGUACUCGGCACCCACCAAUAUUCCAGUUGGCCAAAAAGAGCUUUGCGCUGAAUGUUUGCAUGGGAAGAGCAAACAUCCGCGACCUCAACCACCUGUACUGCCAGUGGCUGAGCUACCAGCAGUCACUACUGCAAAGGAACGAGCUGGAGUGACAGCUAUAUUCAAGCAAUCACUCGCUCGACGAGCUGGACAAGGUAGUCAGAAUACAACUACUGUGACGGCUGCGAGAGAUGAGGUGAUGGCAGGAUUUCACCCAACUGCAAAGCAGAAAUUCCCAGGCAGGAUUGUAUCCUCGAGACAGGCCAGCUCUUCAAAGCAAGGUCAUGUCCCGAUCAAAGUUGGUGCCAUUGCCAUCUUGGUCAAUUACCUUGAUGACAAAGGAGAGUUGUUGACCACAAUUCCGCCUGUCAAGACAGAGAUGUCAAAGUUCAAGCGAAGGGGAUGUGCUCACUUUGAUGGAGAUCAGUCUGAGGACGGCGGCAGUGUGGAUUUCAGCUUUUGCUUGGACUGGACAUUUGAGGAAGUUGAUGCUUACAUUCAAAGACUAUUUCCAAAAGUCUUUGAAUACCUUGACUCUGUAAAGGUUGGUGAUGUAAAGGGGAAGGCUACAGACAAUGGGGCAUCUGAAUGGGUGUUAAUUUCAAAAGAGAACUGCAGGCUGAGUGUCGCACCUGAGCCCUUCCCAACUGGCAAACAUCUCGAACGGUACAAAGGCAGAAGCAAUGCCCCACUUCAACAGACAAAUAUUUUUAUCGGUAUCCGGAAAUUCAUACCUGAGCAUACUUAUGCACGCUGGGACCCAGACAUGGUCACCCUUGGCAGCACUUAA